CAGUUAGCCAUAUUCCGGCCAUAUUCCGGGGCCAAAACUCAAGGUUCAACCCCAGCAGGUGAUUAGUCGGGUUGAAGCUGUGCCGGAGGAAAGAGUUGGUUUCUGCUCAAGGAUAAUCUGAACAUCGCAGAAAAUGGGUGAUUUAGGAUUUCUUUCGAAGCUGCUGGAAGAAGUAAAUAACCACUCCACGGUCGUUGGAAAAGUAUGGAUGAGUGUUCUAUUUUUGUUCCGAAUCAUGGUGCUGACUGCCGCGGCAGAAAAAGUGUGGGACGAUGAACAUGAGAAAUUAGUAUGCAACACGGAACAACCUGGUUGCGAGCAGGUGUGCUAUGACUGGCAGUUCCCCAUCUCCCACAUUCGGUUCUGGGUGCUGCAGAUCCUCUUCGUCUCCACGCCGACCCUGAUGUACCUCGGGCACGCCAUCCACAUCAUCACCAAGGAGAACAAGCUACGUGAGCGGCUCCUGAGGCACGAGAAUGUGAAGUCGCCGAAGUACACUGACGACAAAGGUAAUGUUGUGAGGAUCAAGGGUCAGCUCCUGGGCAGCUACAUGACACAGCUCUUCUUCAAGAUCCUCCUGGAGAUCGGCUUCAUCGUGGGCCAGUACUACCUCUAUGGCUUCGUCAUGGUGCCCUUGUUCUCCUGCUCCCAGUCGCCCUGCCCCUUCACUGUGGCCUGCUACAUGUCUCGGCCCACGGAGAAGACCAUCUUCAUCAUCUUCAUGCUGGCCAUGGCCUGCGUGUCCCUGCUGCUCAGCGUGGUCGAGCUCUUCUACCUCCUCUGCUCCAGGGUGCGGUGCGGCCGCGGUGGACGUGGACGUGGACACCGCCAUGGUAUCGGCGCCACCGCGCCCCCACACUCUAGCCCACCCAGCUGGUCACCGCCUGAGGAGGACACCAUGGCCCAGAACCAGCUCAACACCUUCCACACUGACCGCCAGAGUCUGGGUGGCAGCUUGGACGGUGCCAAGGAUGAGAAGAGGCUGCUGGCAGGGCACUGAAGCUGAUUUGACAUUUUGAAUUUUGUGGACAUUUUUUACCGGUUCACGUUUCAUGAUAUUGAUAGUAUCAGUAUGAUGAAUCGUGAGUGUGAGGGUAUGAUUGUUGAUCUUGUCUUAACGAAAUAUUGUAUUGUUGAUUAUGUUCUCUCUUUUGUAGCCUAAAUCAAUUUUUAAGUUAUUAAACUGUCGUGUAAGGUGACAUUUUUGCACAGUAUUUAUAUAUAAGUCAAAGUUAAAUGUAGAACAUUUAUAUUUAGAUAAACAUUGUUUUGGAACAGAUACUGUAUCAUGCAAAUGAUUGUUAUAUGUACAUGUGUCUGAAGUUUGUCUUGUGGAUCUUUGACUUUUCAAUAAAAAAAAAACAGAAUUUCAAAUCCCAGUUCUGGUGUGAAGCAUUUUGAGAUGAACCUGGACACCAAUCCACCUAAAUAUUCUGGAAUAAAUCAGUUCCAUAUGAAUCUGUAUAUAUACAGAACACGGACCAUACAGCUGGUUUGGCCAAGGUCAACAUAUUUCGAUAGACCUCUGAAGUCCGCCU